AUGGCCGAGUUCUUCGGGCACAUGAGGGAGAUGAGCGCUCAACGCAUUGUGAUUGAGGACAUGGAGGCUUCAGCCUUCAAAGCCAUGCUGCACUUCAUAUACACCGACAUGAUGCCUGGACUUGAUCAGGAACUGGAGGCCGCGGCAACGAUGGCUCGGCAUCUUCUUGUGGCUGCUGACAGGUAUGAGCUGGAUAGGCUCAAAGUGAUCUGCGAGGGCAAGCUCUCCGGUGGCAUCAUGGUCGACACAGCGGCGACGACUUUGGCUUUGGCUGAGCAGCACAACUGCACGCACCUCAAGGCCAAGUGUGUCGAGUUCAUCAUCAGCACUCCUGCGAUCCUCAAUGCCGUGGUGGCGACGGAGGGCCAGCACGCUGCACACCGGCUCUGUCCGCGCGGCUGUUCAAGAUCCACGUUUCCCAUGGCGACCACCUGCACGGUCCUCACCGGCGCCGUGCGUGCCGUGAAGCUGCUCAAGGUCGACAGUUUCCGCCUGGCGUACAAGACCAUGCGCGAAGGUGAGUUCCUCAGAACCAGCUGGAACGUCGACGGCCACGACGUCGAAAUCCGGUGGUACCCUGGGACAGCGAUGGCACCGGUCGAGCUCGUGUUCCUCACCAAAACUGCAAGCACCUGCAACGUGAGGGCGAGCUUUGGCUGUCUCCUGGUACACCCGAGGCUGCCGCAGCCGCACAAUGGCAACGAAGAAAAGACCGUGUGGCAUGUGUUCAAGCAUCCCAAGGACUGUUCGCUUCGAGUCUCGCUUGUGGACAGACCCGUUCUGUUGGACCAGACUUCACGCCAAGGAGACUACUUGACCGUCCAGUGCACCGUCACGAUUCUGAAGGAGCUCGCUUAUACGACAACGACGGUGCCUGCGCCGGCAUCCAACAUGCACCAGCACUUCCGGGAGCUCCUGCGGAACGGGACGGGAGCAGACGUCACGUUCCUCGUCUCCGGCAAGGCCUUCGCCGCGCACAAGCUCGUGCUGGCCGCGAGAUCCCCGGUCUUCAUGGCCGAGUUCUUUCGGGACAUGAAGGAGAAGAGCUCCCGGCGCGUGGAGAUCAAGGACAUGAAGGCAACCGUGUUCGGGGCGCUGCUGGAGUUUAUCUACACCGACAAUGUUCCUGAACUUGACCGGGAGCUGGAGGCCGUGGCGACGAUGGCUCAGCAUCUGCUUGCGGCGGCUGACAGGUACGGGAUUGACAGGCUCAAAAUUAUGUGCGAGGGCAAGCUCAUCGGUGGCAUCACUGUCGACACGGCGGCGACUACUUUGGCUUUGGCAGAGCAGCACAAUUGCCCGCACCUCAAGGAGAAGUGUGUCGAGUUUAUCAUCAGUACUCCUGCGAUCCUUGAUGCCGUGGUGGCGACGGAGGGGUCUAAGCAUCUGGAGGCAAGCUGCCCUUCUGCGCUCACUAGCAUUGUCCUGUCUACGCGUGGGAGAAGGAACUGA